AUGCAAAGAGCAUCGAGGCUGAAGAGGGAGCUCUCCCUCCUGGCCACUGAGCCACCUCCAGGCAUCACCUGCUGGCAGAAGGAAAACCAGCUGGAUGAGCUCCAGGCACAAAUUUUAGGAGGUGCAGACACCCCCUAUGAGAAAGGAAUAUUCGACCUGGAAAUCGUUGUUCCUGAAAGGUACCCCUUUGAGCCCCCCAAGAUCCGCUUCCUGACCCCCAUCUAUCAUCCCAACAUUGACUCUGCUGGAAGGAUUUGCCUGGAUGUUCUUAAAUUACCACCUAAGGGUGCCUGGAGACCUUCCCUGAACAUCUCUACCCUGCUGACCUCCAUCCAGCUGUUGAUGGCAGAGCCCAACCCAGAUGACCCUCUCAUGGCAGACAUAUCCUCCCAGUACAAGUACAACAAGCAGCUGUUCCUGCUCAAGGCCAAGGAGUGGACAGAGAAACAUGCAAGUCAGCAGAGGAGGGCUCCCAAACCUUUGGAAGAGAAAACCAACCACAGUGAAACAAGCAACGACUCCGUGGGGCUGAAGAGAAAAGGGAGCAACAUCAGGAAGGAGGAGAAGAAACCUCACCUGGAUCCUUGA